UUCCUAAAUCAUCCCCUUUCUCCCUGAUUCUUGCCUUCUUUUAUUUAAUUUCGUCCGCGUGACACAAGUUGGAUUUCACCCCUGGAUAUCUCUUCUUCGCCGCCGUGUUUUCUUAGAUAAAAAAAAAGUGGUUAGGGGGUUGAUUCCUCUAUACUGUCCGAAAGGAUUCAUCAUCAUUCCUACGGAUUCAGAUCAGACUAGCCGAACUUGUGCUACAUACAGAUCGACCACCCACCGAUUGGAUUAGCUUGCACGCAUGGCGGAGUCGAGCACCCAAGGGCGGCGAAAGCAAGCUCGAGGCAACAAGUUGGCACCGCGGUCCGGCGUGUGGGCGCACUUCACCCGACUCAGGGAUGACGACGGCAAAGUGGAGUGCAACCGUUGCGGUGCCCAGUCGAGCGCAAGGCAUGGCACCACCAGCCUGUGGAAGCACUUGAACAACAAGAAGGUGUGCAGCGGACAGGAAGAGGAAGCUGAUGAUGGUGCUGCUGGUGGUGUCGGGGCAGCACGUCCGCCACAUCAGGAUCAGCAGCCCCCUCCGCUCCUGCCAGCGACGCCGCCUUCCCCGGCAGCCGGAGCCCACGAGCACGAGCUCCAACUGCAGCGGAGCUUGAAGCCAGCUGUUCCCGUGCCGCCGCCGGCGGCGCCGGCGCCACAGCGGCCGCAGAAGCAGUACCGCGGCGUGCGGUGCGUCAAGUGGGAGGCCGACAUCCGGCUCCCCCGGGAACGCACCCGCCUGUGGCUGGGGACGUUCGACACCGCCGAGGAGGCCGCGCUGGCCUACGACCAGGCGGCCUACCGCCUCCGUGGAGACGCGGCGCGGCUUAACUUCCCCAGCAGCGCGGCGUCCUUGGUGCCGCUCGACCCAGCCGCGGAGGCCAAGCUCCAGGCGGCCAUCGCCGCCGCGUCGUCCAAGAACGCCAUGGCCAGGAGAAAGGCCACACCCAUCAACCUGGUUGCGUCCCCGAGCAACAGCUCCUCCGACGACGACGCCUCAAGGUCCGGAUCGGACGACGAGACGACCUACCUCCCGGCCGGGUCCCAGCAGCAGACCCUGGGUUCCUUCGACGACGAAGCCUCAGAGUCCGGAUCGGACGACGAGACGACGUACCUCCAGGCCGAGUCCCAUUCCCAGCAGCAGGCCCUGGGCUCCGCCUCCGACGAAGCCUCAGAGUCCGGAUCGGACGACGAGACGACCUACCUCCUCGGGUCCCAGCAGCAGCAUUGGGUUCCUCCUCCGGCCAAGCCUCAGAUUCCGGAUCGGACGACGAGAACGAGAUGACCUACCUCCCCGGGUCCCAGCAGCAGGCCCUGCGUCCCAGCAGCGGCCUGGACGAGGAGAUCGACCGCCUGAAGCGCGACAAGAACAUCCUGCUGGUGGAUGCGGGGAAGCUGGGUCAGGAGCAGCGGAGCACGCGGGCGAACAUGCGGGCCAUGGCGGACCAGCUGCAGCACACGGAGCUCAGGCAGACGCAGAUGAUGUGGUUCCUGACGCGGGUGAGGCAGAACCCGGGCUUACUCCAGCAGCUGGCCGAAUAAUCUCCUGUUUCUCCGUAGUAUUUUCAUUUGACUUGUUGCAUUUCUCCUUUUGCGCCACCCCCACCCCAAACUGUUCUUGAGAAAGAAAUAAAAAGGUGUCUCCCAAGUCAAUCGAUUCGAUAUUCGCGUUAAAU